CUUGCCAAUUGAUAUUUCAUGAGGCCUAACAAGAGGCCCAACAAUAAAUUUGAUUGAGCUUAAGGCAAGAGAUUUAUCUCCGACAUUUAACUACCGAUGAGUUUGACCAUCAUCACCGGACAACUAACCAAUCCUGUCGUCGCCAUGUCUCUCCGUAAAACCCUAACCGCAUUAAACCGACCUUCUUCGCCGCCGGAUUCCUCAAUCUCCGCCGUCAAUCUCGAAGUCACAGAGCCCUCUCGUCCCUCAAAAAUCACCUUUCGUCCCCGUAAGAUCCGUAAAGUCUCGUCAGAUGAUCUGACGAUAACCACGUCUCCUCUAUCUUCCAAAUCAACGGUAGACAUCUCUCUCCGCCACCUACAAAUCUCCGACGAACUCCUCGGAGCAGUAAUCUCCGGACACAACACUCCUCCCGUGUUCGAAUCAACCACCACUCCGUUCCUCUCCCUGACAAGAUCAAUCCUCUACCAACAGCUCGCAACCAAAGCAGCGAAAUGCAUCUACGACCGCUUCGUCUCUCUCUUCCCCGGCGGAGAAUCCGCCGUCCUCCCUGACUCCCUCCUCUCCUUCUCCGCCGUUGAUCUCCGGAAGAUCGGUGUCUCGGGGAGGAAAGCGAGCUACCUCCACGACUUAGCCGGAAAAUACAAGAGCGGAGUGCUUUCCGAUGAUAUGAUUCUGGAGAUGAGCGAUGAAGAGUUGAUUGACCGGUUAACUUCGGUUAAGGGGAUUGGAGUGUGGACGGUUCAUAUGUUUAUGAUAUUCUCGCUUCAUAGGCCUGAUGUGUUGCCUGUGGGUGAUCUCGGUGUGAGGAAAGGUGUGAAGGAUCUUUAUGGGUUGAAAGAACUUCCUGGUCCGUUGCAGAUGGAGCAGCUUUGUGAGAAGUGGAGGCCUUAUAGGUCUGUUGGUUCUUGGUACAUGUGGAGGCUCAUUGAGUCUAACAAAACAUCUAAGACCAAGUUGUCUAAAUAGCAAACAAAAGACUCGUUCACUUGACUGGCCCACUUGUUCUUGAUCGGCCGGACAGCUAAUCUGAUCCUGUGACGAAGAAGUUAUUCCACGCCCACCAUUGUUGUUGUGUGUUCCCUUAUUUUCCAAGCUUCAUCGGUUUUGCAAAUUAGAGCACGUGAGAGAAAAAUGCAUUUGUGCUUGGCCUUUAUACCAUUGUGUGAUGGUUGUAACUUGUGUAACACUGUGUGGGAAUACAGUUGUAUGUAUCAAAUCUAGUUUCAUUUUGCUUGGGUUCAACGCUUGGGUUCAUUGUAACACUUAAUAUAUCAGCUGGCCCGAUUAAAUUAAUCAGAAAGCUUGGAUCUGAUUGUGC